GCUUCAUCCCUGGCACCAAAGUGAGAGACGGAUCAGCUGCAGGAGAGACUCAGUGGUUUGUCCUCUGACAGCUUCACAACUGUCAACAUGAAACUGGAGGCUGCGGUCGUAUUGGCGAUUGUUUUUCCUCAGAUAUUCAGCCUCAGCGUGUCACCUCCACCUCCAGACUAUUUAGCUGCUGUUCAUACCUGCAUGUCAGAUUUAUGCAAGAAGGAAAGGGCUUCUUACGGCGGCACCUGUGCUGAUGAAGCGUGCCAAAUUAAAGGCUCACAGGCCUGUAACAUGACCAUCCAGGCCGUGCUGGUCCAGUUUCCCUCCCUGCAGGGGUGUGUGUGUGCACGGGAGGAGGAGGAGCUUUGUGGCUCCAUACGAGAACUGGCCACACAAUGCCGUCCAAACACAGCAUCUCAGCAGAAGAGGAGCUCAGGGAUGGACUGGCAGUCAAGCACUUUGAUACACAAUGCGUACGAUGCUGCUGGAUCCUGCUUGGACAGAAUGACAGAAUGUGUCAGUGAUGCAGUUUGUAACAGGUACCUGGCACCGGUUCUUCAGGCGUGCACAGCAGAGCAGUGCGACAGCGACCGCUGUCAACAAGUGACUCAGCAGUUCUACAGCAGCAUGCCGCGCAGCGUGGCAGAGAUGUUGGUGCUGUGUGAGUGUGCAGCUUCAGAUCAGAGCUGUCUGCACAUGAAAAGCACUCUGCACAGCGGCACCUGUGGAGUCUCCACAUUGAUCUGUCAGGAGACAACGGACCAGUGUGCUGAGGACGCAGACUGUAGAAAACUUUUAAAGACUCUCAGAGAGAAAUGCUGGAGCUCUGAAGGAGCACAGUGCAGCGACAUCGACCUCGACAGUAAUGAAUGUUUCACCUGGAUGGAUCCAGCUUUAAUCCUCGGUGCAGAUCCAGAAUGUCAGAGAGCCUUUUUGGCCACCAUGGGCACCGUACUUCACUAUCCAUGUACAUGCAGAGGAAUGCACGGUGAUGACCUGCUGACGUGCAACAUGAUUUAUGAGGUUUUUCACAACAGAUCACUCUUCAUCACAUCUUGGAAAAAAUCCACCUCCAAACCUCCCGGACUCAGCGACCCUGAGGAUGGUUACGUGUGGUCAAACGAUUAUCUCCUCUACGCUUUUGCAGCGUUACUGCUUGUUGGAGUGGUGAUAUUAAUGGCUCUGGCCGUUAUCAGUAAAAUAUGGAUGCUGAGAAGAAGAGAGAAAACUAAAUUUCACCAUCCGCAGAAAAGCCCUUGUGUUGUUAUCCUCUGAUAUUUCUGCAUGUGUUAAAUGUAUGUCUUUCACAUUUUAAUCUAACUCACAAAUAUUUAAGAUUACUACCAGGGCUGUCAAAAGAUUAUAAUUGUUAAACUGGCUGUUUGAAUUCAACCCUGCUUUUAUUUUGAAAUAAAGAAAGGCCCUCCUGGUAAUAUAGAUCAAAGGUAGUUACAGUGGAUAUUACUUUUGACUCUCAGACGAAUGAGACAUUCAGAGAUGCAGCAGUGUUGUUUCUUCCAUCUCUGUGACUACAGGGAGACACUGCGGAGGACUAUCUACGGUGCGCCUAAAGGGACAAAAUAGCCUUUGACUAAUGAGAUUAAAAAAACAACUAAUGCUUUAACUUCAGACCUAAUUGACAGUACUGCUGACAGCCCUAUUAUAUUUUGUUAGAAUGAACAUUAUUGAUAUGUGAUAAAAAAAAAGUCUCCAUGCACAGAGAGAACAACAUGGCAGCUUAGAUAUUAGACCGUCGUCGUGUGUUCUAGUCUCUGACAGGUUAUUUUCAUGAAUCACAGAAGAAAAAUGUUUUCUCUCCUCAGCUUCUUCAGAAUCGAUCA